GCAUCCCUGCUCAUUGAUAUGUAGACCAGGCGAAUGCAGCUGCUGGAAGCCUCCUCCGACCGCUCUUUUUUCCCUUCGCCGGCAUCUCUCUGCACCCCCUGCGCCCGCCCCCCUUCGCGUGGAAUCUUUGCCUGAUCCAGUUCGUUUCCCUCCGGUCUCCACAUUUUCCCUUCCAGCCCAUCCACUUCUCCGGAUCAAUGGAUAGUAAGGCUCCAACUCCCUGCUCACACGCCGCUGGCGGACACCCCAGUAACAAGUGAGCGCGCUCCACCCCGCAAACCCCUCCCGCCUCCGCGCGAGCCUCCCUCCGACCGCUCGCUCCCCGAGCAAACACCAACAGCAUCUCCAGCUCGCGCGCGGAUUUUUUCUCUGCAACUUUACCCAGCCGAGGACAUGGAGCCAACCUCCACCUUUUAAUGCACAGCCCAGACGCAGGAUUGCUUUCCACCUUCUCUUGGUCCCUCCUGGAUAUUCUGUUUAUUGAUGGUUCGCCAGCCCCGUGGACAGCUGCCCUCCCUCGUUUUGCUCCCUCUGGUUCCUUGAGUUAGUUUCCCAAGAUUUUACCCGGACUCGGGCUCUCUUGGACCUAAUGGAACUUUUUCCUGCCUCCUUUUGCUGCUGAUUCUGGACGAAGAAAAAGGCUUCGGAGGCUUCGGAGGCGCAGGGGAGGUGGAUAAAGAGGUGGAGGAAGGGGCCGAGGAGGAGGAAGCUGAAGGGGCUCAGCGCGUGUGUGUGCAUGUGUGCACGCGUGUGUGUGCAUGUGUGCACGCGUGUGUGUGCAUGUGUGUGAGCGCCGCCGCUGCCCACGACCCCCGGCCCCGAAGGUGUUGGCUGAAAUAUGGAGAAUAGUCUUGGAUGUGUUUGGGUACCCAAGCUGGCUUUUGUACUCUUCGGAGCUACCCUGCUCAGCGCACAUCUUCAAGUCUCGGGUUUCCAGAUUAAGGCUUUCACAUCACUGCACUUCCUGUCAGAACCUUCUGAUGCUGUCACCAUGCGUGGAGGAAACGUCCUCCUGAACUGCUCCGCUGAGUCUGACCGAGGAAUCCCAGUCAUCACGUGGAAAAAAGAUGGCAUCCACUUAGCCUUGGGGAUGGAUGAAAGGAAGCAGCAACUUCCAAAUGGAUCUCUGCUGAUACAGAACAUACUUCACUCCAGGCACCAUAAGCCAGAUGAGGGACUUUACCAAUGUGAGGCAUCUUUAGGAGAUUCCGGGUCCAUUAUUAGUCGGACAGCAAAAGUUGCAGUGGCAGGACCACUGAGGUUUCUUUCCCAGACAGAAUCUGUCACCGCCUUCAUGGGAGACACAGUGCUACUCAAGUGUGAAGUUAUUGGGGAGCCGAUGCCAACAAUACACUGGCAGAAAAAUCAACAGGACCUGACUCCGACCCUGGGUGAUUCCCGAGUGGUGGUCUUGCCCUCAGGGGCUUUGCAGAUCAGCAGACUUCAAUCAGGGGACAUUGGAAUCUACCGAUGCUUAGCUCGGAAUCCAGCCAGCUCACGAACAGGAAAUGAAGCAGAAGUCAGAAUUUUAUCAGAUCCAGGACUACAUAGGCAGCUAUAUUUUCUGCAAAGACCGUCUAAUGUCAUAGCCAUUGAAGGAAAAGAUGCAGUGCUGGAGUGUUGUGUUUCUGGCUAUCCUCCUCCGAGUUUUACCUGGUUACGAGGAGAGGAAGCCAUCCAACUCAGGUCCAAAAAGUAUUCUUUGUUGGGUGGAAGCAACUUGCUUAUCUCCAAUGUGACAGAUGAUGACAGUGGAACUUACACCUGUGUUGUCACAUAUAAAAAUGAGAAUAUUAGUGCCUCUGCAGAGCUCACCGUCUUGGUUCCGCCAUGGUUCUUAAAUCACCCUUCCAACCUCUAUGCCUAUGAAAGCAUGGACAUCGAGUUUGAGUGUGCCGUCUCUGGAAAGCCGUUGCCCACUGUGAAUUGGAUGAAGAAUGGAGAUGUGGUCAUUCCCAGUGAUUAUUUUCAGAUAGUGGGAGGAAGCAACUUACGGAUCCUUGGAGUGGUAAAGUCGGAUGAAGGCUUUUAUCAAUGUGUGGCUGAAAAUGAGGCUGGAAACUCCCAGACCAGUGCACAACUCAUUGUCCCUAAGCCUGCUUUUCCAAGCUCCAGUGUCCCUUCUGCUCCCAGAGAUGUGGUCCCUGUCUUGGUUUCCAGUCGGUUUGUCCGUCUCAGCUGGCGCCCACCUGCAGAAGCAAAAGGGAACAUUCAAACCUUCACUGUCUUUUUCUCCAGAGAAGGUGACAACAGGGAGCGAGCAUUGAACACUUCCCAGCCUGGGUCCCUUCAGUUUACUGUGGGAAACCUGAAGCCAGAAGCCAUGUACACCUUCCGCGUCGUGGCCUACAAUGAGUGGGGGCCUGGGGAGAGUUCUCAACCCAUCAAAGUGGCCACUCAGCCUGAGUUGCAAGUUCCAGGGCCAGUAGAAAACCUGCAAGCUGUGUCUACCUCACCUACCUCAAUUCUUAUUACGUGGGAAGCCCCUGCCUAUGCAAAUGGACCAGUUCAAGGUUACAGAUUGUUCUGCACUGAAGUGUCCACUGGAAAGGAACAGAAUAUAGAAGUUGAUGGACUGUCUUAUAAACUGGAAGGCCUGAAAAAAUUCACGGAAUAUACUCUUCGAUUCUUAGCUUAUAAUCGCUAUGGGCCGGGAGUGUCUACUGACGAUAUAACAGUGGUUACACUUUCUGAUGUGCCUAGUGCCCCGCCUCAGAACGUCUCCCUGGAAGUGGUGAAUUCAAGGAGUAUCAAAGUAAGCUGGUUGCCUCCUCCAUCAGGAACACAAAAUGGAUUUAUUACUGGCUAUAAAAUUCGGCAUAGAAAGACAACCCGAAGGGGUGAGAUGGAAACACUGGAACCAAACAACCUCUGGUACCUGUUCACAGGACUGGAGAAAGGAAGUCAGUACAGUUUUCAAGUGUCAGCCAUGACGGUCAACGGCACUGGACCACCUUCCAACUGGUACACAGCAGAGACCCCGGAGAAUGAUCUAGAUGAAUCUCAAGUCCCUGACCAGCCAAGUUCCCUUCAUGUGAGGCCCCAGACCAACUGCAUCAUCAUGAGCUGGACUCCUCCCUUGAACCCAAAUAUUGUGGUCCGAGGUUACAUAAUUGGUUACGGCGUUGGGAGCCCUUAUGCAGAGACAGUGCGCGUGGACAGUAAGCAGCGCUACUAUUCCAUUGAGAGGUUAGAGUCAAGUUCCCAUUAUGUAAUCUCCCUAAAAGCUUUUAACAAUGCAGGAGAAGGAGUUCCUCUAUAUGAGAGUGCCACCACCAGAUCUAUAACAGACCCCACUGACCCAGUUGAUUAUUAUCCUUUGCUUGAUGAUUUCCCCACCUCUGUCCCAGAUGUCUCCACCCCCAUGCUCCCACCAGUAGGUGUACAGGCUGUGGCUCUUACCCACGAUGCUGUGAGGGUCAGCUGGGCAGACAACUCUGUCCCUAAGAACCAAAAAACGUCUGAAGUGCGACUUUACACUGUCCGGUGGAGGACCAGCUUUUCUGCGAAUGCAAAAUACAAGUCAGAAGAUACAACAUCUCUGAGUUACACUGCAACGGGCCUCAAACCAAACACAAUGUAUGAGUUCUCGGUCAUGGUAACAAAAAACAGAAGAUCUAGCACGUGGAGCAUGACAGCACAUGCCACCACAUAUGAAGCAGCCCCAACCUCUGCUCCCAAGGACCUGACAGUCAUUACUCGCGAAGGGAAGCCUCGAGCUGUCAUUGUCAGCUGGCAGCCCCCCUUGGAAGCCAAUGGGAAAAUUACAGCUUACAUCUUGUUUUAUACCUUGGACAAGAACAUACCAAUUGAUGACUGGAUUAUGGAAACAAUCAGCGGUGAUCGCCUUACUCAUCAAAUCAUGGAUCUCAACCUUGACACUAUGUAUUAUUUUCGAAUCCAAGCACGGAAUUCAAAAGGGGUGGGCCCCCUCUCAGAUCCCAUUCUCUUCAGGACUCUAAAAGUGGAACAUCCUGACAAAAUGGCUAACGACCAAGGUCGUCAUGGAGAUGGAGGUUAUUGGCCAGUGGAUACUAACUUGAUUGACAGAAGCACUCUUAAUGAACCACCCAUUGGCCAGAUGCACCCCCCACAUGGCAGCGUAACCCCUCAGAAGAACGGCAGCCUGCUUGUGAUUAUCGUGGUGACCAUUGGCAUAAUCACAGUGCUGGUGGUGGUGGUCGUGGCUGUGAUUUGCACCCGGCGCUCUUCAGCCCAGCAGAGAAAGAAACGGGCCACCCACAGUGUUGGCAAAAGGAAGGGCAGCCAGAAGGACCUCCGGCCCCCUGAUCUUUGGAUCCAUCAUGAAGAAAUGGAGAUGAAAAAUAUUGAGAAGCCAUCAGGCACCGACCCUGCAGGAAGGGACUCCCCCAUCCAAAGUUGUCAAGACCUCACACCAGUCAGUCACAGCCAGUCAGAAACCCAGAUGGGGAGCAAAAGCACCUCUCAUUCAGGUCAAGACACUGAAGAGGCAGGGAGCUCCAUGUCCACCCUGGAGAGGUCACUGGCCGCACGCCGAGCCACCCGGGCCAAGCUCAUGAUUCCUAUGGAGGCUCAGUCCAGCAAUCCUGCUGUGGUGAGUGCCAUCCCAGUGCCAACCCUGGAAAGUGCCCAGUACCCAGGAAUCCUUCCAUCUCCCACAUGUGGCUACCCCCACCCACAGUUUACCCUCCGGCCUGUGCCAUUCCCAACUUUGUCAGUGGAUCGAGGCUUCGGAGCAGGAAAAUCGGUGAGCGAAGGACCAACCACACAACAGCCAUCCAUAAUGCCCCCAACCCAGUCUGAACAUCCCAGCAGCGAGGAGGCACCAAGCAGAACCAUCCCCACGGCCUGUGUUCGACCAACUCAUCCACUCCGCAGCUUUGCCAACCCUUUGCUACCUCCACCAAUGAGUGCAAUAGAACCGAAAGUCCCUUACACACCACUUCUGUCUCAGCCAGGGCCUACUCUUCCCAAGACUCAUGUUAAAACAGCCUCUCUUGGGUUAGCUGGAAAGGCAAGAUCCCCUCUGCUUCCUGUUUCUGUGCCAACAGCCCCCGAAGUGUCUGAGGAGAGCCAUAAACCAACGGAGGAUCCAGCCAACGUGUACGAACAGGAUGAUUUGAGUGAACAAAUGGCAAGUUUGGAAGGGCUAAUGAAGCAACUUAAUGCCAUCACAGGCUCGGCCUUUUAACACAUAUUGCUGAAUUGAUGAGGUGAAUUUUCCGGGAACUUUGCAGCAUACCAAUUACCCAUAAACAGCACACCUGUGUCCAAGAAUGCACCCAGUGUACAGGUUAACCACUAGGACCACCCAGUUAUGGAAGAUCCUGAAGCAGUUCAGAAAGAAUAAGCAUCCCUUCUUUCAUAGGCAUCAGGAAUUUUUAAAUGAUAACUUUGGGGUCCCUAAACAACAGCAAAGAUACAUCUUCACUGCAAUGUCAAAGCAGAAGCUGCUCGAUUAGUCCUGGGACUUUGCCAUCACAGUAACCACACCAUCCUAACUGAGGCUUCUGUUUUCCUCCAUCAAGACCCUUUUUUUUUUUUUUUUUAACGUGUAGCUCUAGUCUUACAAAAUGCAAGUGCAUUACUUAAGCCUGUACCAUGCCAUGGCAGAUCAGUGCAAGCUCACCAUUAUGUUUUCAACUUUAAAGUACAAAGCACCUAUGGGAAUACUCUUACAACACAGCACCAAAGGAUUGGGUGUUUUCCUGACAGCACAAAAAGUAAAUCAGUAUACAAACAAAAGGCAGCGAAGGCUGAUGUUUUGUAACUCAGUCAUUCAUCUCACCCAAGUGGUGGAUAUUAGCAAGUGGCUGUAAAAUUCACCCAUUUUAGCAAGUAUUUGUAAAUCCACCCUCAGUUACUAUAUAUGUUUGGAAAAUUGGAACAUAAAUAUCUGCAAUGAAUGGCACGUAGCCAGCAGCACUUCCUUUCCUAAGAGAAGACACAACGUACAGUCUUCUCAGAUACACAGUAAUUACGUGUUUAUGCUUGUGAGGGGACGCGUUUCCAUUUGGGUGGCUUUGUGCCAUACCACACUGUGAUGACCUUUCAAAGCUUCACCUAGGCCAUGGUCUUCCGGAGUCUGGCAGGAGAGAUCUGUGUCCCUUCCUGUGUUCUGCUUGACAACAGCGUUAGAUCAGUUGGAUCAGGUGGCCACCAUGCAGGGAGCCUCCUGACCAUCUCUGUAACCCACUGGGGAAACAGCAGACUCCCUAAGAACAGGCCCUGAGGAAGGGAAGGGAAAUGGAAGGCAGUUUCUAGCCGUACCUUCUCUUGAGUGAUGCCACUUUCACGACCAGGGUCCUCCCCGACUCAGAGCAGGCAGCAUUGGGAAGUGGCAGCCACCAGGGUCUGCAGUGAAGGGACCCUUCUACACCAUGCCUACCCAGAGUCAGGAGCAAGCGGGGAGGUGCCACUUUGCACUCUGACAUACCACAAGUCAAGCUUUUCAAAGCCCCGUCUUCAUUGUGAGCUAAAAUUUUAAACUUCUAAUUGCCAUGUUUAUCUCCAGCUUGGAACUAGGUGAAGUUAAGAACAUUUUGUGUGCACCCUUUUAGUUUCAGAUUCUCAGCUGCAUUUGGAGUUAAUCCCUGUUUAUGCAGCUGAAUUGCCAAAAGGGAGCUAGUUUGCAUAUUUAUCAGUUAGGUGACUUGAAACCCCAAUAAGAGAGUUUCAGCUGAAUUAUUCCUUUCAGCUCUGCCUUUGAUUUCAAGCUUGAGUAGGUCAUAAUUUUAAAAGAGCAUGGAAGGGAUAGGAUCUUUACAACCUAAUAGCUCCUUUUAUUAGGUGGGUAAUUAUAUAUGAAUCCCCGAAUGAAAUAUUUUGAGCAAAACGGCACUGUAACAGAAGUAAUAAUUCAGAUUAUUUUUUUACAGUUUUAUGUCGGGAAGGAAAUCUGAUGUCAAAGAGAGGGCUUGUUCAAAUGGUUCAUUAGAAAGUUCGGUCCAUUUGUGAAAUUGUUCCUUCAACAAGAGUGCUUAUUCAAUUUUCUGAUUUUCUUAAAGUCCAUCUGUGGAGCUAUGCAACAUUAUUCUAUGGGGCAGAUUACUUUUGUUCAACAUCUGGGCAACUUAAGACAACCCUCCACUGACCUAGAACAGGCAUUUCUUAACAUAAUAUUGAAUCUUGGCAGGAAAAAUCCAAAACUUCAGGAAAGAAAAUGUUCAUUCUGCUAGGCUUAUCUUCAGGAGGUCCUAGAAUGAAUAGUCUCCCUUUUCUGAUACUCACAAACAAGGGACAUUCUCUGAAAAAGGCAUUUUUCAUUUAAGAAAGAUCACCCUGAACAUAUAGCCUGGAAUGGGUUUGUCAUUCUGAACUGUGAUUGCAUCACAGUUUCAAUCUAUAGUAGACCGUAUUUGGAAAACCAAGGUAACUCACAUAUUUCCCAAAUGUCUAGAUUCCACUAGUCAAAGUCAAUGACCUUAAGAAAUCAAAACCAUUAAAAGUACAUGAAAAUAUAUCUUAUUUGUUUUCAGUGGAAGGUAUCUUUCUGCUGCAUUCUCUUGAAACUUUCUUCAUUAAACAAACAUAAUGGCUUAUUGUAGUAACUGGCCAUGCUAAUACAUCUUAGCUCCAUGCUUUGAAUAUACAGUAGAAUGCAUUUAAAUUCUCUAAAUAACCUCUUGUAACUCACCUAGAGGUUUUAAUAUGCAAUGCCUUUAGCACAACUUCUGUACAACUCUGCUCCCCCUUCUCUCAGAUGGUUCACAUAUGUGUAAAACUGCCUGCCUAAGUUUUCAGGUAACUUUUUAAUUUCCCAGUCUCCUGAUCUCUUGACAAGAAUAAACCUAUGAAUAUGGCAAGAUAGCCUGUACAUUGCUCCUAGCCUGAGUGUAAUUCAUAAUGUAUAGGGCUCUUUAAGCUCAUAAAUCUCUCCAGAUCCCAUAAGGCAAUGUUGACAACCAACCAGCAGCCCUGCCACCAGGACUCAUUUCUCCCUGAAAAAGAAGAAAAUAAAACUUGGCAGGGCAUGCUCAGGCUUCCCCUGCAUCACGCUGAACUGUCAAGCAUGUAGGAGCUUCUUGAAAAAGUUUGUUUUCCUUUUGCAUUUCAUUCUGAUAAGAAAGCUAUUUUCUUUCCUCUAGAAAAGUCCUGCAUUUGUUUAACUCGCAAAAAUGAGGAUAGCUCAAACUGCAGAAAGCACAUUUAGAUGCUGCUCUAGUCAAAAGUUAAAUAUUUCUUAGUGAUUCAUUUUCCACAAAAAAAAAAAAAAAACAGUCAGAGCUACCUCUUUAUAGAAAAGAGCUGUAAACCUCUAGAAUAUUUAAAGAAUGGAACUUUACAUUUGGGUAUUAUAAAAUGCACAGACAACUAAACAAUCUAAAAAAAAAAAAACACAAAACAAAGAUACAAGAGGUGAAUUUAUUAUGGCUUCUGGUCAGGAAUCAGACAUGGCAUUACUCUCUUCAAAAUUAAACCUGCUGCAGAUGAGGUGUAUCUACACUUCCCUGCUUUGGUAAGAGCUGCACAAGGAGUUGCCUAACACAAGGGUCUUAUUCCAGAACUAUAAAGAUCAGUGCUCAUUGGCUUUUCCAGUAAAGAACUUCUCAAUGCACACAAGUCUUCUGGAGGUUACUUAUUGUUUUCCAACAGACACAUCUGUCUUUACAUCUUGAAGUCCUCUCCAAAUUUAAAACAAUGUCUAAGACAUGGCAACUGACCUGUCAUUCCAACAAAAAGGGACACCUCAAAAGCACUUCCCAUUUAGAUAAAAUUAUAUCCCAGACUCAUAUUUCUUGCAGUUUCCUUAGAAUGUUCAUGGCCAGUCCAUGAGAGAAAGAAAAGUAGAAAAAUCCCCUAGUCUUAGUUGUGUUUAAAAACAAAAUGGUCUGAACUAUCUAAUAAUGUGGGGCAAAGUGGUUUUCUCUCCCUCACCCAGUUUACUUCAUACAACUAGACCUUCCUGAAAGGCAGAAGUUAGUAUCCUAGGCUGUAACCAGCCACACAAUAACACAAUACAGAGCUCACAACAUCCCAGCACGGCAGAAGCAGUCCUAACAGUCAAAUCCAUACACUCCCUGUUUUUAAAGUCACUUUGGAAAGCAACAGCUUACCCAUAAUUUUUAUUUCACCAGUGACUUUCAAAAGUCACUCUAAUAUUAUAUAGGAAAGCUCUUCAGCUGAUUCCAGUGUUUUAAAUUAAAUUGGAUACUGUGGAAAAUCAUAGGUAGAUGUUUUGUAUGGUAUUCUAUUCCAACAAAAAAUAUACAGAUACAUCCCCCAAUGUACCUUGCUAUCCAAUACCUAUAUCCUUAAGGAAAUGCUUGAGAAAGGAAAUUUCUGAAAAGAAAUGCCUGAGUCUUUUCUGGUCAGUGAGGAUAUAUAGAAGACCAAGUACCAUGCCCGAAUCAACGGAUAUUACUUCUGGGCUCUCCAAGCCACUCUCAGAUAAUGUUUGCUCCAUGGACUUCUAGUUGCACUCUCUGAAGGAUUUCUUCUCCUGCUCUCAGUAGAGAGCCUUUGUAUAUUAUCAUCCUGUGAUUUUUUUGUUGAUUGGAGAGCAACAGCAAAACUCUACAAAAUGUCAUAAACACAGACUCAUGGACCAAGGGAUCUAUCUCACUGUGUGCUGAAAGUGUAUUUUCAGAUGCAAGAAAGAAAGGAAUGUUAGGAAGGAGGAGAAAUAGUGUUUUUUAUUAUUGUAGGGUAACCCUGACAAUUCUGACCUUUGUGAAUUGUCAGCUUGUU